CACUCACUUUGGUCACAAAUUCAUAGCAGUUGCACGUCCAGUGGAUUAACUGAGUUAAACAUGCUGAAGAGAAAACCAUCUAAUGCAUCUGAGAAGGAGAAAAGUCAAAAGCCAAAGCGCACGAGCAGCUUUGGGAGCUUUGACCGUUUCAGGCAUCACUCGAUAUCAAAGACAGAUGAUUCAGCUGAGAUAUCUGAGCUGGAGACCAUAAGUGACAUUGGGGAAGCAGUACAAAUCAAAGCAGCAAACAAUGGAGGAAGCCUGAGUAAGAAGAUGAGAGCCAUUUCACUUACCAUGAAGAAAAAGAUGGGUAAAAAAUACAUCAAGGCACUCUCUGAGGAGAUGAAUGAAGAGGGGAAAGAAGACAGUGAUCCUGGUGGUGGAGCACACACUGAGAAGGUCUCCCUAAAAACCAGUGACUCUUUGGAAAGUCUCUACAGUCUGAACAGUGGCCAGAGCUCAUCUAGUGGGGUGACCAGCUGCUCGGAUGGCACCAGCAACAGGGACAGCCUCCGCUUGGAUGAUGAGGUGCCCUACAACGGCCCCUUCUGCGGCCGAGCCAAAGUGCACACCGACUUCACACCCAGCCCUUAUGACACUGACUCGCUGAAAAUCAAGAAAGGAGACAUCAUAGAUAUCAUCUGCAAAACUCCCAUGGGCAUAUGGACAGGCAUGCUGAACAACAAAGUAGGAAAUUUCAAGUUCAUUUAUGUGGAUAUUAUCUUGGAAGAAGAAGCUGCACCCAGAAAGAUAAACCCACACAGAGGAAGCAAAAGGACCAAGCCUAAAACAUUGCAAGAGCUCCUGGAAUGUGUCCACCUGCAGGAAUAUGCCCCAACCCUCCUGCUGAAUGGCUAUGAAACUCUAGAGGACUUGAAGGAUCUACAUGAAAGCCACCUUGUUGAAUUAAAUAUUUCUAACCCAGAAGACAGGGCAAGAUUGUUAUCAGCAAUUGAAAAUCUCCAGGACUGUGACAUUGAAGAACAGCAGACAAGUGAGGAUGGUCAGGAGACGCAGAACUUGAGCCCUCACCAGAGUUUUGACAAAUCACAGUUAAAUGACUGUCCAAGAGAUUCUGGCUGUUACAUCUCAUCAGAAAAUUCAGAUAAUGGUAAAGAAGAAGCAGACCCAGAAGCCCUGUCUGACAUGGUGCAGUCAAUAACAAUCAGUGAGUCAAACUGAUUCGGUCCUGCUGCUUUUCUGCAGAUUCUCAGAAAAGACAAUCACAUUUGUCAGUAUGGUGGCACAGAAGCAGAAUACAAAAUAUUCUCAACACUGAAAAUCUACCUUUUUCUGAUUCAACAGCUCUAAACUGUUUCAUAUGUGGACACUUGAUAGCUAAAUGUUAGUUGAUGAUAAGAAUUUCUCAUGUUUUUCUUUUCAGUGAAUCCACAGGUUUUUCCCUGAAAAAGUUUAUACAAAAGUAUUUAUAAAUAUUUGUACAGCAAAUGCAUUUUCUAUAAUAGUUGAGAUCUUUUUUUUAGGUAGUAGUUCAUAAUCCGGAGAUGUUAAUUUCUGGAACUUUCCAGAAUGUAAAUAUUGUACAUAUUUAUUUUAAAAAUAUAUGGAUUAAUCACACUGUCUCUAUUUUCAGCUGUGUUUUGCUGAUUUGUGUACAGAAUGUCUUUUCAUUGAUAUAUCAUCAUCAUAAAAAGGUGGAUACAGUCACACCCUACUUUGAAAAGUACCAAGCCAAUUCUCACUAAUAUUAAAGCUGUUUAACACCA